GCCACUCUCCUUGAUCUUGCCACGUGGCUCAUUUUCCUCUGGGCGCAAUCACCACCGCAUUCUCAGAAUAUCAAAGAACAGUGCCAUUUUCGUCAAUAACUCCAAAGAGCUAGAGCAUCCGUGCCGUCUGCUUCUAUUUCUGCUCUAUUCCUUCCCACAGAAGACCUGUUUCUCUUCUCUCUUUUCCCUCUUCUGGAAAUCAAAUGCACUCCGUUUCUGCCGUUUACCGUCGUCGGAACUCGGCAUCGCCGGGGAUGACAAAGAGGAAGCUCACCUUUUCCGAUGAAGACGACGAUCAAGAUGGAGCUCUGGAAGGUGAAAAGAUGGAAACUUUUGCCGUGGACGACGAUGACGACGACGACGACGACGAAGACGAAGACGACAACGAGGACCUGGAUAAAUUUGAGGAUGAUGGGUUUAUAGUGGAUGAUGUGGAGGAGGAGGAAGGGGGAAAUGAGCAAGACCGGGAGGAUAGGCAGAAUAAAAAGAAGAAGCCAAAGAAGAAAUCGUUGAAGAAUAUUGUUCUUGAUGAUGAUGAUCUCCAGUUGAUUCAGGAAAACAAAGCCUUGGGCAUCGUUCAAUUCAAGAAUGUAAGUCAACCACUUAAGCGACUCAAAAAGGCUGGGAAGGAUUCUGAGUUUUCAGGGCACUCUAGCUUUUAUGAUGAUUUGCUAUUUGAUGAUAUUUAUGGAAAAGAGGAAGCUCUGUCUUAUGAUGAAGAUGAGAUGGCUACUUUUAUUGUGGAUGAUGAUGAAAUUGUUGCAAACAGUGCACCUCUUAGGUACUGGAAUUCAAAUGACGACAAGUUGAGGCAGGCAGUUGUGGUUGUUUCAUCUCCAGUAAAGGAAGCUGGUUAUCUCGUUGGCGAUGUGAAUGAGAUACUGAAUCAGAGGAAGCAAGCCCUGGCCUUGAUUGUUAAGCCUGAUAAUUCUAAUGAGUUUGAGCCAUUUUUUCUUGUAGACAAGUACAUGACUGAGCAAGAUGAUUAUGUGAGGGAGGUUGACUUGCCAGAGAGAAUGCAGGUGUUUGAGGAAAUUGUUGGGCCUCCUCCAGUUGAUGAAAUGAGUAUAAAUGAGGAGAGUGACUGGAUACUUAGUCAACUUGCUAAGAAUGUACUUUGGACCAUCAAAGAAUUGGAUAAAAAGUGGUUACUUCUUCACAAACGUAAGACAGCUCUUCAGAUGUACUAUGAAAAGUGCUAUGAUGAAGAAUGUGAGAAGAUUGGUGAUGACAUUGAACUUUCUUUGCAUAAGCGGCAACUGUUUGAGUCAAUCAUUGAAUCUCUCAAUAAGGUGGAAUGGGAGGGAGAGAUCGAUGAUGUGGACAUGAAAUUCGGUUUGCAUUUUCCUUUAGACACAGAGAUCAUGGAUGGUAAACUCAAGAGGCCCUAUAGAAAAUCACUAUAUGGUAACUGCAAGAAGGCUGGUCUGUGGAAACUUGCAGGCCAGUUUGGCUGUAACUCUGAGAAACUUGGUGUGCGGAUUGCUUUAGAAAAAGUGGGAAUGGAGUUUUCUGAGGAUCGUGAUGAAGCUCCAGAGGAGAUAGCUUCAAUAUAUACAUGUCCCAUGUUUGAAAACCCAGAAGCAGUGCUUAAAGGUGCAAGGCACAUGGCUGCCAUGGAGAUCAGCUGUGAGCCAUGUAUCAGGAAAUAUGUCCGUAGCUUUUUUAUGGAUAAAGCUGUGGUCUCAACAAACCCUACCGCCAUAGGAAAUGUAGCAGUUGAUUCCUUACAUCAAUUUACAGCUGUUAAAUGGCUACGUGACAAGCCACUCUCUAAAUUUAAGGAUGCUCAAUGGCUACUUAUUCAGAGAGCUGAGGAAGAGAAACUCCUUCAAGUCACCAUGAGAUUACCUAAAAAUGUCCUGAAUGACUUGCUUGAUAAUUUCAGUCUUGCUUAUCUACGGGAUGGUGCUGGACCAUCUGCUGAACUUUGGAAUGAACAGUGCAAGUUAAUUCUGCAGGAUACCAUUUUCAACCUUCUUCUCCCUGCUAUGGAGAAGGAAGCACGAGUCACUUUGAUUGCUAGAGCAAAAAAUUGGCUGCUUAUGGAAUAUGGAAAGCAGUUAUGGAAGAGGGUCUCUGUUGGUCCAUAUCUAGACAAGGAAAAUAUUGCCAACUUAGAGAAAGGUAUUCCUGCACGAGUAAUGGCUUGCUGUUGGGGUCCUGGGAAUCCUGCAACCACAUUUGUGAUGCUGGAUUCAUCAGGUGAAUUGCUUGAUGUGUUGGAUGUUGGUUCACUUCACCUACAUUCACAAAAUGUCUAUGCUCUGCAACGCAAGAAAAGUGACAAGUUUAGUGUCCUUAAGUUCAUUGCAAACCACCAGCCGCAUGUUAUUGUUAUUGGUGCUGCAAAUGUAAGCUGUGUUAAGUUGAAAGAUACUAUCAAAGAGAUUGUGUCUAAAAUAGAAGAAAGUAGAGAUGCUAACCAAGCUAUGGGUAGGAUUAAUGUUGUUUAUGGAGAUGAAGCUUUACCUCAACUUUAUGAAAGCUCACAGAUUUCAUCAGAUCAGCUGCCAACACAAUCAGGCAUUGUCAAGCGAGCUGUGGCUCUUGGUCGUUACAUCCAAAAUCCUUUAGCUGUGGUUGCAAAUCUAUGUGGAAUCCAGAAAGAGAUUGUAUCUUGGACAUUCAGCCCUUUAGAGCAUUAUCUAAUGCCAGAUGAGAAGUAUGAGAUGAUUGAACAGAUUAUGGUUGAUGUAACCAAUCAGGUAGGUCUUGACAUAAAUAUGGCUUUGAAGCAUGUUUGGUGUCUUCCUUUGCUUCAAUUUGUUUCUGGACUUGGACCCCAAAAGGCAGCCUUUUUAAGACGAGAAAUGGUUGAAGGCCGAGCUAUUAGUGAUAGAAAGGACUUGACUAGUUUUGGUCUUAGCACAAAGGUGGUGUUCCAUAAUGCAGUUGGUUUCCUGUGUGUCCGUCACAGUGGGCUGCUACGCCCUCGCACUGAUAUUGAGCUGUUGGAUGAUACUAGAAUUCACCCUGAGUCGUAUGGUUUGGCAGGGAAACUUGUGAAGGCCAUUUGCAAUGAUGCUUUGCAAGAAGUCGUCAUAAAAUAUGUUAAGGAGAAUCCAAAAUUGCUGAAUGAGUUUAAUGUUGAUGAUUAUGCAGAUAAUUAUGAAAUAGUGGAAGGUGAAAAUAUGAAAGAAUCCCUUUGUCAUAUUAAGAUGGAAUUGCUAUAUGGAUUCCAAGACCCACGAGCAGCUUACAAAGAACCAACCCAGGAUGAGGAAUUCAAGAUGAUAACUAGAAAAUAUGGAGAUGCAUUUGCUGAAGGAAGAAUAAUUGAGGCUAAAGUUCAGCAAGUUCAAUCUCAGCAAGCAUUCUGCAUGCUUGAUCUGGGGUUAACUGGAAUACUCAUGAAAGAUGAUUUUUUGAAUGAGGGUGGUGAUUUUGCUCUGCAAGAUAAGCUGCAUGGUGGUGAUACCAUAUCAUGCAAGAUUAAACAUAUUGAUAAGACAAGUUAUCAGGUUUUUUUGACUUGUAAAGAUAGUGAUAUGAAGAGGACAAGAGAUGAGGAUUUCUGUGACGUGGACCCCUAUUAUUGUGAAGGUGAGAGCUGUCCAAUAAAUCAGAAGGAGAAUGCCUGCAAGGAUAAAGAAUUUUCCAAACAAAACUUCAUGCCAAGGAUUAUUAAUCAUCCAAAGUUUAAAAACAUGAGUCUAGAUCAAGCAGUGGAGUUCCUUUCAGACAAGGAUGUUGGCGACAGCCUUUUUCGUCCCAGUUCAAGAGGUCCAUCUCAUUUGACUCUAACUUUGAAAGUAUUUGAGAAACUCUAUGUUCACAAAGACAUCAUUGAAGGAGGAAAAGAUCAAAAGAACUUGACAAGCUUGUUGCAUCUUGGGACAAUAUUGAAGAUAGGUGACGAUACUUUUGGGAAUUUAGAUGAGGUUAUGGAUCAAUAUGUAGAACCCAUCAUAAAGCACCUAAAAGAAAUGCUGAGUUUCCAAAAAUUCAAGGGGGGUUCGAAGGCAGAUGUUGAUAAACUUUUAAAAGCUGAGAGAUCGGAAGAUCCUAUGAAAAUAGUUUAUGGCUUUGGUGUUUCAUAUGAGCAUCCAGGCACUUUCAUUUUGACUUAUAUAAGGAGUGGAAACCCACAUCAUGAGUAUGUUGGUUUGCUUCCUAAGGGAUUCAAGUUUAGAAAGCGAAUCUUUGAGAAGAUUGAGCACCUUGUUGUGUUUUUUCAGAAACACAUUAAUAGCGUGCAGCCUAACUCAGCAACAUGCAGAAACCCUUCAUUGGGUGCUUCUACCGGAGAAUACAUGGGUAGUGGACCUAGUGGUUGGCAGGGGCAGCUGAAUUCAAGCAGGGGAAAAUCUGUUUCAAAAGGUGCAGAUGAUUAUUGUGGAGAUGGUGGAAAUGGAAAUGAACAGCCUAGUCAAGUUGGUCCUUUAAAAUGGGGCUCGUGUCUUAAGGAUGAAGAUGGAUCUUUGGAUGGAUGGAGCAGUUCUCUUUAUGCUUCCAACACGUGGAACUCUCCCAACAAUGAAUCGGUUCCGGUUGGAGGCGAUGAUUGUGCUGAUGUGAUUGGUGGAAACUGGUGCAGUGAUUAUAGCAAUAGGAACAGUGGCUGGAACAAAGGCAGUGGUGAUGAUAACCUUUGGAGUGGUCUUGGAGGCGUUAAUACUGGUGGGCAAGGACGAGGCCGUGGAUUUGGACGCAACUCCUUUGAUAGUGGGUAUGUUAAUAACAGAAACGAAACUGGAUGGGGUAGAGGAAACAAGGAUCAGGUUGGUGCUGGUGGUUUGCGUGGCAACAAUGAUAAUAGAAGUGGCGGCUCUUGGGGUAGCAAUAGGGGAGGUUUGCACGUUAGUCGUGGCAAUCGAUGUGGUCGUGGGUGGGGCCGUGGCUGUGGACAAAGACAGGAUUCUAGCAAUAAAGGAGAUGAUGACAGCAAGGAAAACUGGGGCAGUAGCAGGGGAAACAUAAGAUGGAGCAACAGAGAUGACAAUGGUGCUGAUGGUUGGGGCAGCAACAAUGAUACCAGUGGUGGUGGCUUUUGGGCCGGUAACAAUUAUGCUAAAGGUGGUGGCUCUUGGGGUGGCAAAGAGGGAGGUUGGCAUGCUGGUGUUGGCCAGCGGGGUGGUCGGGCUUCAGGUCCAGGUCCAAGCCGUGGAGGACGUGGACAUAGACAUGAUUCUUACCACCGUGGAGAUGAUAGUGGAGAAGGAAAUUUUCAUGGUGAGUGGAACAGAAGCAGAAAUGAAACUAGAUGGGGCAGCAGUGUAGGAAAUGGCACUGGUGGAUUGGGUGGCAACAAAGAAAAUGAAAGUGGUGGAUGGCAUGUUAGUGGUGGUGAUAGUCAGGGUGAUGGCAAUGGUCAUGGUCGUGGUCGGGGUCGGGGUCGGGGUCGGGAUUCGGGUCAGAAUCAUAGCCGUGGCCGUGGACCAAGACAUGAGUCUUGCAACAGGGGAGAUGACACAGAGGAAGGAAAAGUUUCUGGUGGGUGGAAUAGAAGUGGAAAUGAAAAUGGAUGGGGUGGCAACAACGACGUUAGAACUGGUGGCAGCUGGGGUGGCAACAAGGGAGAUUGGCAUGGGAGUAGUAACAACCAGGCUUAUUGCAAUGCGCCCCGUCAGAGGUGGGGUCCAGAUUGUGGCCGUGGUCAAGAUCGUGGUGGUCGCCGUGGCCGUGGAAACAAACAGGGUUACCUAAAUGAUGGGGAUGAUGACAAAAAAGAUGAAUUUACUCGUGACUGGAAAAGAGGUGGAAAUUGGGGCGGUGGCAGGGGAAGUAGUGGCAACAGUGGUCGUAGUGGUGGAAACUGGGGCGGCAAUGGUGGUGAUAGGAAUUCCCGAGGUGGUAACUGGGGCGGCGGAGAUGGUGGAACUGACGCUGGUGGCAGCAGUUGGGGUGGUGGAAAUGCAUGGAACAAGGGUGGCAAUGGCAGUUGUUGAAAUUUCUUUUGGUUUUUUUGAAAGGCAAAGAAAACUUUAAUUAGUGGGAGUACAAGGUGAUAUAUAGACCUUUUGUGUGGCAUGUAAAAAUUAAAUUAUAGCCUUAUAU